AUGUACACACAUACACAUGUGCGUACAUACAUACAUACAAACAUACACACAGACACAUGUACACACACAUACAUGUACAUACACGCAAACACCUGUACAAAUACACACAUGUACAUACACACAAAUACACACACACACCUAUAAAAAGUUGCAGUACUUUGUUACGUUCACUCACAGAGCCGGGUACUGCACUCUAGGGGGAGACAGAGAGCACAGCACACACUCCUUCCUUUGCUUUCACUUUUGUCAACUAUUGAGCAGUCUGAUGGCUCCCAGUGCAAGUAUCAGAUCCGGCCCUGAGUUCCGAGCCUGCUCAGCAGGACGGCCCUGGGGACACACUCGCCCACACCAUAAUUUCCACUCGCCAAUGCGAGCAGGCGAGUGGAAAUUUCAAGGCCUG